AUGGAGAAGUCGAAAAAUCCCAGCCGAAAAGGGCACAACGCACCAGAUAGCAACGCUCCGUCAUCGUUGAGUGACACCCCCGCCUGGUUCGGCCCUGGAGGUGGAUCUCCCGCGCACACGGAGACUCCCUCCACCAGCCAGAUUUUAGCAGCACAGCGCAGCCCAAGGCAGCCGGCCCAUCCUGUCUCAUUCAGACAACUGGCAGAAGACUCAGAAAGCGUUAAAAAGCCCUUGGUCGGACACUCGCACAAGCAAAGCAGCUCUGCUGUCUGGCAUCGCAACACAUGGGCGGCGUACACGAACGUCAGCGCUACGACGGUAACGGAACAUGGAUCUAAAUGGAAAGUUCAAGGUUGGGGCACUUUGUGCUGUGAAGAGCUUCCUUGUGGGCGCGGCGUCCACGGAUUCGCAACACCCCAGCAGGCCUUGCCAGGCUCUCGACCCCCGUUCGAGGGAAAAUCCAUUGCAACGGUCGCGGACGGGAAGAAACGAAAGACAAGGGCUUCUCCACAGUUGGGCCUGAGUGCUUCUGGCGCUCUGACCCGAAGCGGCGACGAUUGGCACCGGCGCCAACGAAAAGCACCAACAUCAGAGCCCCAGGGGACCGCCCAGUUCCCAACUUUGCGGUCAAAUGCUAUGUCGAAGGGGUUUCCCUGGUUUGACGCCGGUGCUGCGGAUGAACCACAGCCAACAGAAGCUUCCUGGAACGAGACGAACUGGCUCGACGUCGGUCCAGUAGACUUUAGCUGA